AUCUCCAAGGAUGCACUGCUGGGGCUGGCCUCAGAGCUGCGGACUUUGACUGUGAGAGGAAACCAGCUGGAGGAGUUUCCUGAUCUGAGCCCACUCACCGGCCUGGAGACUGUGGACCUGCAGGACAACCCACUGCGUUGUGACUGCUCUCUGCUUCCUCUGCGCAGGUGGAUGGAGAAUGUUAGUUUGGAGCUGACCGCAACUUGUGGUCACCCUCCUGAGCUCAGAGGUCAGAAGGUCCGGGGCAUCCACGUCUUCAAGUCCUGCCCAGAGAACAUUUCUCCACCAGAAAAGAAGAGUGCUGCAGAUCCAAAAGUGAAGAAAUCCAAAGCAGACUCCUUGAAAUCCCGAAAAGUCAAAGCACAGACCACAGCUAAAGUCGCCAAACUGCCCAGGAAGCAGCCUCAAAGAAAACCUGGGCCACCAAAAGUAACAAAGAAAAAGAAGAUACUGAAAUGAGAACAUGUAACUCAUUUUCCUUUUCCUCUUUUUUUGCAAUAAACCUGAGUGUUAAGGA